ACCAUCGUUCCUUCCUUCUUUAUCCACCUGGCAAACGCCAACCGGUCGCGCCAAGCUCGCACGCGACAAGACAAAUUUAUAAGGGUUGCUCAGUCCUCCGAACAACCUCUCGCCAACACUAGACCUUCAACAUUACUUUUACAGCACCAUCACCCGUCAUCAUCUUUCUUCUUCCAUCACUCCUCCUUAUAGCAUACCAUCUAUCUUUCUAUACACGACUUGAGCACCAACCAUAGCCAAGGCAAUGAUGCGUACCAUAAGCAUCAUCUCGCUGUUCAUCAGCUUGAUGAUGCUCACGUCUCCUGUCUCUGCUCUAGCUGUCGUUACAGACAACACUCUCAUACGUCCCGUCACCUUCCUAGACGCAGCCGACAAGAACGGUCUUACCGUCUGCCAGAUCUCAUGCUGGAACAAGCAAGUGAUCGGUCACGGUUGCACCGGCUCUGCCACUCUGAUGACCCAGAAUGCCUGCAUGUGCGGCAAUGGCGGCUACGAUGCGUUCAUGACUUGCAACUCCGGAUGUCAGAAUAAGAGUCAGGCCAGCAAUCGUCCGUCGUGGAUGGGUUGCUCCCACGCGCUCGACGAGCGCCUCGGAGCUCAUCCUGCCGGCGACGUCGACGUGGACAUGGGGAAGUCGACAGCCGCAGCUGACCCGACCACCUUCAUCACUGAGGUCAAGCGCGCUCCUAACCCGCAAAUCAUUGCUUUGACUCCCUUCAGGGCCGCCGCCGCGCAAGCGAUCCCCGCAGUAGCAGCAGCGCACGUCUCCUUCCCAGCCACCAUUGGCCCAUGCGGACCUCCUGGAGCAACUUGCAACUUCGUCUCCGACACGAGCAGCACCAUCCUUCCCCCCAGCACGGUGUCAAUGCGCAAUCUCACUACGCUGGCGACUUCCACAAAGGUCAGUCCGGCUACGACGACUUCAAGCAGUUCGCUGGCUCCUCUCCCAGCCUACGUCAUCCCACCUCCAGCAGAGAAGCGUCAGUGGGACGCUUGUGUCGGUCCCGACGGUAUUGCUGAGGAGUGCCUUGAACCGCGUAGCGCCGCCAAGCGUCAGUGGGACGCGUGCGUCGGUUCCGACGGCAUCGUCGAAGAGUGCUGGGAGGGAUCAACUGCUACCAAGCGCGACGCGCCGGUCAUCGACGAGCUUCAGUGGGUCGCCUGCGUCGGUCUGAACGGCGUUAUCGAGAAAUGCUUCGAGCCAUCUACCGCUGGCAAACGCGAUGCGUCCAUCACCACGUUCCCUUACGGCAAGCGGGAAUGGGACGCCUAUGUCGGGCCAAGUGGUAUCAUCGAAGAAUGCUGGGAGACGCCGACUGUCGAGAAGCGCCAGCUCAGCCUCUGCGCCAACCCAGACGGCUCGACGUAUGAGUGCAAGCUAUGCACUGGUGCUUUCGGUAUCCUCUACUUAUGCUGAAGUGGAUUGCUGUCAAUCACGGCCUGGCAGUUCCAUGCGCAAACAGCGAGGCUGGAUGCUCUAAUGUUAUAAUGAUGAAGGUUUGAGUACGGGGUCUAAUGUAAGGUAGGCUCAGGCCUAGAAGUCUCCUCCCAUAGCAUAGCCAUCGCGGAUAGCAAUGCUACUUUGGACCACAACCCGUC